AUGAUCUAUUUGGGAAUAGCGCUUUUUUUGACAUCUACAAUUGCUAGUCCCGUCUACAAUGCCUAUAAUAAUGCUGUUUCCUCUGAUGACUAUAUGGGAUAUAGGUUACCUGGCACGCAAAUUCCUUCAAAUUACAAACUGAAUAUUAUAGUCGGAAAAGAUGUAAUUGAAAACAAGAAAAAUACUUUCGAUGGUAUGGUAGAAAUUACUUUUAAAGUCAAAAAAGUAGGGGACGAAAAAUUGGAUUAUAUAAAAUUACAUACACCCUCUGAAAAAACAAGUAAAGUUAAACUCAAAAACGAUAAGGCCGAAGUCAAAAUUAUAGCGCAUGAAUUCAACGAAACUUCUUCUAUUAUGACGAUUAAUUUAGAUUCUGAAUUAGAUCCUAAAAUGACAUACGUCUUAUCUAUGUCCUACACUGGAAACGUAGAUUCCAAAAGUAUGUACGGUCUCUAUAGAAGUAGUUUUAAGAAUGACAAAAACGAGACCGACUAUCUACUUACUACCCAGUUCGAGCCUGUUUACGCUAGAUGGGCUUUUCCAUGUUUUGAUGAGCCCAAAUUUAAGGCUACUUUUGAUAUAAGUAUCACCCAUCCUAAAGGAUAUUCAGUUUUGAGUAAUACUUUACCAGUGGGCGAUCCUAAAAAAAUUGGAGAUGACCAAUUAAAAACCACUUUCCAAACAACUCCCAAAAUAUCAACGUAUCUGAUUGCUUUUAUUGUGUCCCAUUUCACUUGUACAAAAGGCGAAAAUAUCGAUACUAAUGUAAUACACCAAGUGUGCUCUAGAGAAGAAUCGAGCGCAAAUAGAUUACUGGCUGCUAACUGGGGAAAACAAAUUUUGAACGCUUUUGAAGAUUACACUGGUGUACUAUACAAUCAGACUGGUUUGUUGAAAAUGCAUCAGGUGGCUAUUCCAGAUUUUGGAGCCGGAGCAAUGGAAAAUUGGGGAUUAGUUACGUACAGAGAAAGAUUGGUAUUGUAUGACGAAAAAGAAUCUUCAGAUUUAGACAAGCAAAGCAUAAUUUCUGUAAUAGCCCAUGAAUUUACCCAUCAAUGGUUCGGUGAUCUUGUAACUUGUAACUGGUGGAAUGAUAUUUUCCUUAACGAAGGUUUUGCAGCCUAUUUUCAAUAUAUUAUACUAACUCAAAUGCACCAAGCAAGUCCUUGGCAAUUGGAGAAACAAAUGAUCGUUGAUCAAUUGCAACCUGUUUUGGUUGAUGAUGCAGCUUCAUCUAGUAAAGCUUUGACAGCAAUAGCAGCCACUCCUGAUGAAGUAAAUGCCAAGUUUAAUACUAUUGCAUAUAACAAAGGAGCUAGUAUUAUAAGAAUGAUGGAAAACAUUAUAGGUAGUGAGAAUUUUAAAAAAGGUGUUACUAAAUAUCUCCAAAAUAAACAAUUCUCUAACGCCGUACCUUCGGAUCUAUUAAGUGCUAUGGAAGAACAAGCAACCAAGGCAAAUUUACCUAAGGACACUUCCUUAACUAAAGUGAUGCAAAACUGGCUUAAUGAGCCAGGUUAUCCUGUUGUAACAGUUACUCAAAAAUCAAUUGGUAUUUCAGUGAAACAAAACCGUUUCUUAUAUGAUAAAAUCAACCCAUCAUCGGAAUCAACAUGGAUGAUUCCUAUUAGUUAUACAGCUUCAUCAGACAAAAAAAAAUUUGAUACCGCACCUAAGGCUUGGCUGACUUCUUCCUCAACUUAUAUUAAUAAUGUUUUUAAUACUGAAACAGAAUGGGUAAUUGUCAAUAAUAAACAAGGUGCAUUUUAUAGAGUCCAAUAUUGUGACAGUCUUUGGCGAAGUAUCGCUGAUCAACUAUUGCACGACCAUACCGAAAUCGACGUUCUAAACAGAGCUCAAAUAAUUGACGAUUUGUUUAAUUUUGCUAGAGCCGAUUACCAAAUGAAGUACUCUAAAGCGUUUCGAUACCUAAAUUAUUUAGGCAACGAAACUGACUAUUUUCCUUGGGUAUCUGCCUUACAUUCUUUGAACUUCCUGUUGACAAGAGUUGGUGAUCAUACGACUUUGGGUGUUUCUCUGAAAUUAAAGGUAGUGGAAUUAAUAGGAACAGUAUAUAGCACACUUUCUUUCGAAAAAGACGAUUCAGGGUGGCCACUUCAUUCUUUUAAAAGAAAUUUGAUUUUCAAUGCUGCAUGCAAAUAUGGAGCUGAAGAUUGUAUCAAAAAUGUUACUACGUUAUUCGAAACGUACAAAACAACUGGAAAGUAA